AUGGCUGGCCCAGAAAGGAGAGAAACGAUCCAAGCCAGAAGGCACCGGCUUUCCGUGAUCCCCCGUGCAAUCCGCUGUGAUCGCUCUGUCCCUUGUUCGAACUGCCAAGCGUCUGGCAUCACCUGCGAAGAGGCCAAUCCUGCAUCGAGGUCGGAAACUCGGCCUAGACCGGAACGAGAUCUGCAGGGUCAGAUCAGACGUCUAGAAGAGCGCCUCGCUUCGCUUGAGAAGAAGCAGUUGACUACUCAGCUCUCUACUGGGAGUGAGCAAGCUGUACCGCAACCGACUCGUGUUGCUCCUGUGUAUGAAGGUAUCUCUUCGUUUACCAGCCAGUCUAUGCUAGCAAGCGAUGUAGCUCAAAAGACAGCCAAUUCAGAAGGCGCCGGAGAACACUUGGAUCUUAAGUCCUCGUUAGAUCAUCUGAAGACAUUGCUCCAGACAGCGACAAGGUCGUCUUUUGCAACAGAGUAUCGAAUGUCUCGAGUUCCUGCAGCACAGUUGUUGCCCACGAUGGACAACUUGUUACCCAUCGAUCUAAUUAUUGCUAUUCUAAAAGAAAUAAAGACUAAUCGCCCUAUAUUCCUUUGUUCAUAUGUGAUAAACGAUCCAGCCCUGGUGGAGCGCUUGUGCCAGAGAGUCUAUUUCCCGACAGAGCCAAUUUCCACGGCUGAUCUAGCCAGCAUGCACGGGAUCCUUCUUACUCUCCUAAAAGAAUUCACGAUUUUGGGAAACUCUUUGUGUCAAAGAUUUGAUCUCAAGGCGCAUAUGUCUACGUGCGAGCAGAACUUCAAUACCUUGGUCGAGUCGUACGAUGUUUUGGCUGUUCCUAGUUUUGAAAGUAUAUUCGCGCUGAUUAUGGGGUUCAUAAAAGCGCAGGACGAAGCCAAGCCAUUGCUAUGUUGCACUUUCAUCUCAGCAGCUGCCACCCAUUGCCAGAUGCUCGGGUGCCAUCGCGAGAUAACGUAUCGCAGCGAUAAAACGGGAAAUUCGGAAAAUAUGCGACGACUAUUCUGGACUACGUAUCUCUUUGAAAAGCAUAUGUCUUUGUACUUUGGGCGAGCUUCCAGCAUGCAGGAUUUCGAUAUUGAUGCACAGUACCCAGCCAUCACCACGGACCCUGCGGUUAGGCCGUGGGACGAAUCGUUUGUUAUGGGUAUUCGACUAGCCAAGAUUCAGGGAGAAAUAUAUGACAAGCUUUAUUCCGCAGAGGGUUCCAAGAGUUCCUACUCGGAACGAACGCGACGAAUACAUGGUAUACACUUUGACAUUCACCACUGGUACACUGCGUUCAAGGAGAUCGACGCAAGUAACGUGAACAACCAACACAUAUUCAAAAUAACCAGAGAUAGCUGGGACAUGCUAUACUAUUCGACAUACACGUCACUGUUGCGCGCACCAAUCACAUCAGGUGAGGUAGACGCCGAGCUCAACACACAUUGCUUUCGGGUCGCGCGCCUUAGCCUACAGAGCCACUUACGCUGUUUUGGAAAAUUCCAAACCUCUGGCUUCCAUUCUAAUGCCGAUUACGCCAAUUGGGUUCUCCUAUUCUCGUCCUUCACGCCUUUCAUCGUCAUAUUCCUGCACGCUAUCGCAGCAACCAGCUCUGACGAUAUCCAACUUCUUACGGAGGUAGUUGACAGUCUGCAGCACAUCCGAUCUGUAUCAUCUAGCUCGGAGCGUCUGUAUCAAAUUUGUUCCACCUUCUUGCAGAUAGCUAAGGGACUGGUUAGAACAAAACAGUCAUGUGCUGGGACCUACAACGAGUUUGAGAACAGUCUACAGUUCACGGAUGAUGCGGGUCCGAUGUCGAUCUUCGAGCCUGAUUGCUUGCAGGGCCUUUUGGGAACGGAUACGUCAGAACAAGCCCCUUACUUGGCGAACCGCGAUAUAUAUGCAAUCUUUGACUCUUGGGCAACUGGAUUGCCUACUGGGAUGAGUUUAUUUGGGGGUAAUGCCGGGAGCAUCUAG